UUAGAAAACUGUGUACUUCCGAACGAAGUGACAUCAAUAGCAUAAUAAAACAAACCUCGAAAUAAAAUUACUUUUGUCCCAAUUAUUAGAAAAUAACGUUUUGACAUCAAUGAUACUAACUAUUUUUAGUAACUUAAAGUAAAAUUAUUUAAUUAUUAUUAAUACAAAAUGGAUAAGUUAACAAUUAUUUCGGGAACAUUAUUUUUUGCUGCCGAUAUAUUUGCAAUUGUCAGUCUGGCUAUGCCUGAUUGGAUUAUUACUGAUGUUGGUGGAGAUACAAGAUUAGGACUAAUGUGGUCAUGUAUGACUUUAUAUAAUAGACCUCCAGUUUGUUACAGUUCAAAUUUGGAACCAGAAUGGUUUAUGGCUCUUAUUUGUAUUUUUGUUGGUUGCAUUUUAAUAACAGCCACUAUAAUAUUAUUAGCUACUUCUCAUUGGGAUCGUAAUGUUAUUUCCUAUGCAAGAUGGGUAGGAUUUACAGCUAUGGUGCUGUUUUGCUUAGCAGCUGUUAUAUUUCCAAUGGGUUUUCACAUUGAUGAGAUUGGUGGACAACCAUAUCAGUUACCAAAUUCACAUCAAGUUGGCAUUUCUUAUAUACUUUUUGUUUUAGCUUUGUGGAUAACAGUAAUUUCAGAAUUAUUUGCUGGUAAAGUUUGUCUCCCACAUUUUUAGCAUAUAUCAUUUCCUCAAUAUAUUUUUUAUAUCUGUAUGAUAUUGUUCGUAGCUAUUGCAUAUUCUGUAGGAUUUAAAGCUACAUGAUAUAUUAUGAGAUGCAACAAAACUGUUAAAUAUUAAGGGUCUUAUUUAUAAUUAGAAUAAAGAUAGAAUAUAAAUAAUUAGAAAAAAUAUUUGUUAUUAUAUAACUAGAAUGAAAAGAUCUGUUAUUAUAUACAAUCAAAUAUUAUAUAUAACUGAAAUAUUAUAUAACUGAGAACUAUUAGAAAUAAGUAAUUAAUAGUAAGUUUAUUAAUUAAUAAGUAUUAAACAAUCUUUUGUACUCUUUAUUUAUUAAAAUAUAUUAUAUGGUUGUAAUUUU